AUUUACAGUCAAAUAAAACAGGGAUUAUUAGCAGAUCCACACAUUGGAGAAGCUAAAUUACUUAAACGGUUGAUCAAUUAUGUAAAUUGUCGCUUAUCAAUUCUCUAUCCGAUGUCGAAUCAAUUAAUCGAUUAGUUGUUUCAGCUUCUAUCUAACAUUAAUCCAGCAUGGCUCCCUUCAGGACCAAUGCUGGGAGCCGCUUACGUGGCUGGCUGAGGCGUUUACGGUGCUUAGUACGCUGUCGUAACUAUGAAAGUUAAAAUUCGAACUCCGUUUAUGUUUUAAAGCAUAGUUUUUACCAUGAAAAAAUAUAUAAUUUUGUUGAAAACCAUUGGGUUGCUUGAGGUAACAGACAACAUAUCCAAACAAUGGCUAAAUUUAACCGUUUUUUUGUGUUUUAAUUUAACAAUUCUGUUAAUGGUUGUAUUUACGACUUUAAGUGGAGGACGUGAAGGCGGCAUUUUCCCAAGGAACAGGGAAAAGCGAAAGGAUUGUUUUUUUUAUCGGUAACCGUCGUUAAUUACACACUUCUUACGUUACUUUAGCGUCCCACACUAUGACCGUAUCUGUGGGAGACGUGUUGUUUUACUCUGCAGCGUAACUAAUAGCUGGUUGUGACUUGUUUGUACCGUUAGGGCCUGCUGAAUUCAUUCAGAGUAAAAGCUGCUAAUAGUGCGCCGGGGUGUUAAAAUGCGUACCGAGUUCAAACAAAGGAAGAAGUCACAAAAACAAAGCGACGAAGCCGCCGAAACGUCGGAUGCAAACUGCAAAGAUGAAAUGCAUAAAGCCAAGAUGCAAGCUCGAAACAACGCAGGAGUGAAUAAAACGUCUAUAAUGUGCUUAUUGUCGCUUGCAGCGUGCGGAGCUCUGAGUUGGGUGGUGCUGCAACAGAAUGAGAGGUUUUCCCAAAUUGAAGAAAAGUACAAAUCUUUACACGGAAAGACUUCGAGUCUGUUCGACAUGGAGGAAGAAGUCCUGAAGGUGUCUGAGAAGCUCGCCGCCUCUGAAGACGACCUACAGGAGGCGCUCUCCGCCGUCUCCUUGGCAGUGCGACUCGAACGGGACAUCUCCACCCUCCACGCCGAUGUCAUGUCGAUGCAGGCCGACGAGAACUCCGCCUCUCGGGACCUGCAGACAGUCAACGCCCACUUCCUGAACGUGACGGAGACGUGGCAGGAGCGCCUGGCUGCCAUCGCCUCCGACCUGGCCGCCCUGAAGGCCGAGUCUCGGGAGGCCCACGCCGGAGCCACGGGGCGGGUGAACGAGGCCGAGCGGAGGGGCCGGUCGCUGGCCGAGAGGUUGGAGGAGCUGGAGGACAGCACCAGGAGGAACGCCCGAGCUCUGGAGCGCACAGAGGGAGACGACACCCAGCGGACGCAGGAUCAUCUGGACUGGAACACCAAGCAGAUCCACAAGCUGGAGGAGCAGAUCGGCAGCCUGACCAAGAGGGAGGCCGAGCUCGGCACCCAGCUCAAGGAGCACAUUCCCCGGGCGCAGCAGUGUGAGGAGCACCUGCCCCAGGUGGAGGAGGCGGUGCGCUCCAUCUUGAGGCUGACGGGGGAUCUCAGCGGGGCGGAGAAGCGCCUGGAGGAGGUGACGUUACAGGUGUUCGGGACCGAGGACAGCAUGCUUAAAGCACUCAACGAAAUCCUGGAGAUCAGACAGGAGCUGGACACCCUGCAGGCUCAAAACAGCAUCCUCAGGAUGAAGAACGAGCUGUCCGUGGUUAAAGAGGCGGUCCGUGAACUCACCAUGGUGCUGCGGGGGGGCGCAGACGACAGCCAGAAGGACCCUGACGCUCUGGAGGAAGAAGGAUGGAAUGAGGAAGAGGAGGAGGAGGAGGAGUGGGGAAAAGACAACAAGGAUGAGAUGACUCAACUUCUAUAUGAUGACCUCACUGAAUGAUGUCAUUGUUUUGAUCCAAUAAGGAGGCGUUGUAUCUUACUUUUAUCUGUAAAAAACUAUCAAAGUCCAGUAUUCAUGUUUUUCUAAAUGUGUACCUCAGUUAAAUGUCAGAAAAUGGUGACCAUAGUUACAUAAACGUUCCAUGAUUUCAACAUGAACUCUGGUGUACAUGCACUGUAUUAUACGAUGAAGAAUAUUUAUUUUAAUAUUUGUUCAAUGUGGAGUGACACAUUUUAGGUUUCUUUUGUAAUGAAUAAAACAUGCCCAAAUAUAUGAAAA